AUGUUGUCAAUUCUUCGCUAUCGACAGCUUAGGCACGAGCUUGAGAAGAACAUCCAGUUCUAUCCCCCAAAGCAGAAUCCCGCCGGCGAUUCACCUCCGCAAUCGCAGAUUGCUAACGGGCCGUUACGAGCCGCUGGAAGACCGUUUGAAAGUUUAGAGAAUGGCGAAUCAAAUUUGGCCUCACUAGUGACUCUGCAAAACGAUCAGAGAGCCCACGUCCCUGGUGUUGAAGUGGUCUGCACUGGUUCUCUCCCUGGGAAUGGGAAAUCGGAGAUCUUUGUCGUUGGAUUUGACAGUGAAAAUGAUCAGCUGAAUCCCAAAAAUUGGUCGCUGGCGUACAAAUGGAGGACACUGGGCAUCGUCGGCAUGACAGGCUUUCUCGUCGGCUGGGCUUCAUCAAUAGACUCCAUGGUGAUCAAACAAGCUCAAGAAGAAUUCCAUGUCAGCGAUGUGACUGAGUCAUUGACUAUCGCUCUCUAUCUGAUCGCCUUUGCGUUUGGGUCACUAGUUGCUGCGCCGUUCUUCGAAACUGUUGGCCGAAAUCCAGUCUACUUGGUGACUCUUUCGUUGUUCAUGAUAUUCAUCAUGGCAAGUGGACUGGCCGCGAAUAUUGGAGCCCAAUCUGCCUUCCGUUUUCUCGCUGGACUUUUCGGAUGUACACCGCUUACAACGUUCGGUGGCAGCAUGUCCGACAUAUUUCAUUUACUCGACAGAACAUAUGCGUUUCCGGUUUGUUGCUCGUUGUCUUUUCUCGGCCCAUUUCUGGUACCAAUGGUUGGCGCCUUCAUCGGUCAGAGUUCCUUGGUUAGUUGGCGCUGGUCAGAAUGGAGCACCCUCAUAAUCGCCGGUCUUAUCACGGUCUCGAUCUUCUUAUUUAUCCCCAAAACCUAUUCACCGGUCAUCUCGUUGGAAAUGUGCGAGAUGAUUCGACACCAUGGAAAGCUAGGCAUUGAUCAAAUCAAGCUGAGUAUGUCCGGUGAAGCUAUAAUGGAAUCACGAUCUGCUGAGGAGAGCUUUUCUGAGGACGAAGAGACGGCAGCUUGUGUUGACGAAGCACAUCGUCUCGGGCUGCGAGUUUGCUCUCACGCUCGUGCCCGGGACGCUGUUAUUCAAUGUGCGAGACAUGGCGUAGAUGUUAUCUACCAUGCCUCCUAUAUCGACGAUGAAGGAAUGGACAUGUUGGAGAAAGCGAAGCGUAAGCAUGUUGUUGCGCCUGCUAUCAAUUGGCUGUACACCACUGUCCACGAGGCUAAGCCUUAUGGAUACACAUUAGAGCAGGCAGAGAAAGUGGGAUACAAGAAAGAGCUCGAGGUCGCUAUUAGGGCUCUGAGAGAGAUGCGUCGACGAGGUAUCACUAUUCUUCCCGGUGGUGAUUAUGGCUUUGCUCGGUGCCCACACGGGACGUAUGCUCGAGAUCUCGAGCACUUUGUUAGGUUGCUCGGAUUUACCCCUAUGGAGUCGAUUAUUGCAGCAACCGCAGGUAUUGCAAAGCUUUUCAUGCAGGAAGAUGAGCUGGGCAAGAUAUUGCCUGGCUACUACGCGGACUGCAUUCUGGUCGAUGGCGAUCCGAUACAGGACAUCUCUAUUCUGCAGGAUCAUUCAAAGCUCAAUAUUUUACCUCUUGAUUCUCUUCCACAAUCAUUGGGUGCUCAAACCUCUGCAGCGUUCAUGCAAAGGAAUAAUUUCAACUACGUUUCUUAUGUGGACGAGUUUGGGAAACCACGAAUUGGUCAUCUCGAUUUCAACAAUAAUGAAAUUUCUCCGUUGACAAUGUCUUCAUGCUCUCCACUUCAAAACCUGUAUGAAGUAAUCGAACUGGGAGAGGAAGAUGUCGUUCGUGGCGAAGGUUCUCCAGUUAAUCUGAGCUCCGUCAAGGUGCUGCCCCCUCUUCCAGACCAGGACGUGCUGUGUAUCGACGUCAACUAUCGGAAGCAUGCUACUGAAUACUGGGACAGUGGAUACAGUAGAAACAAUGGUGAAAGUCAAGUUUUCUCCAAGCGAAGUACGAGUGUUAUUGCUGCCAAUGAAGAGAUCUUUCCGCAUCCAAAAUUUACACAAAGCAUUGACUAUGAAGGAGAAGUAGGAGUCAUUAUUGGCAAGACAGGAUUCAAUAUUCAAGCGGAUAAAGCAAUGGAGCAUGUUUGGGGAUAUACCAUUAUCAACGACGUGACUGCCAGAGAGAAGCAGCGAGAUCACCAUCAAUUUUUCAUUGGAAAGUCUCCUGACACUUUCUGUCCAAUGGUAUAUGAUACUUUUACGCCAUCCCAGCGGCUGCCAAUGCUCCACAUUCAGACAUUUGUCAAUGGCGAAAAGCGUCAAGAUGGAACAACCGCCGAUCUGGUCGCAAGCAUUCCUCGCCUUAUUGAGGUUCUGUCUAGCGUAAUGACGCUUCAACCUGGCGAUGUUAUUGCGACGGGAACUCCGCACGGCGUUGGGAUAGGAUUUCGUCCGCCCCAGUUCCUCCAGCCUGGAGACAUUGUCGAGAUUGCCGUUACGGGACUCGGCAAGCUCUCUAAUCAGAUUUCACUGCCAUCAUCCAAGAAUCCACAACUUAGUAAGACUCUCGAGAAGACCAAUAUCCCGAUAUAUAACCUAGAUCGAACGUGGGGAGGUACAUCUUUGACUCAAAUUGGUCCAAAAAACUACAUCAAUAUCCGGGAACUUGGGACGGCAAACACUAAGAAAGAUCCCAUUGUGUUCAUUCACGGUCUCGGAGCAAGUCUUGAAUACUACUUGCCCUUAAUCCAAGCUGCAGGAUUAGAAGAAAGCGGGCACCGUAUCAUAUUGUAUGAUCUUGAAGGACAUGGUCUAACUCCAACUCGGGCAUCACAUACGGCAACCUUGAAAACAUUCGCAGCGGAUCUAGAAUUGCUCCUUUCAGCUAAAAGUAUUGAUUCGGCAACAAUUGUUGGCUGGUCACUUGGUGGGCUUAUUGCCAUGUACUUUGCCCAAAUGCGUCCUUCCAUGAUUUCCAAACUCGUGCUAUUGGGUCCAGGUGGAUCCCCACUACCGGAGCUAGCAGUGAAUAUGUUCAAACAACGCGCUGCUCUUGUCCGAGAACAAGGCAUGGAAGCCUCCGGCGUAGCUCAGUUGGUGGCUACAGGAGCUACAUCAGCAUUGACUAAAGCGACUCGACCUCUGGCAUUUUCUGCGGUACGGCAGUUCCUUGUCUCUACACAUCCGGAGGGUUAUGCGAAAGGGUGCAUUGCGCUUGCCAAGUCGCCAGAAACAGUAAUCUCUGUCGAGGCACUGCGGAUGCCGACAUUGGUAGUGGCAGGGCGUGACGAUGCCAUCUCACCGCUGCAGCUAGCGGAGAAAUAUCUAUAUCGUCUGCCCAAUGGAAGACUGGAGGUUCUGGAUGGCGUGGGCCAUUGGCACGUCCUUGAGGAUCUAGAGGCAACCGCAAGCGUGGUCAAAACGUUCCUUGAACAGGAGUGA